AUGAAGGCGCUGUGUCUGGUAAGGCGCACACCAGAAGCAGAGGACCUGCUGGCAGACAUGGCGCACAGGGCCGUGCUGCCAGACAUGGCGCACAGGGCCGUGCUGCCAGACGCCACGCCCUUUAACAACCCCAUCUUCCGUUGCCCCUUUGCCCCCCUCCCACCUGCUUCACCACCUCUGACUGACUUCCCAGAGGACCUGCUGCUGGGAGACAUGGCGCACAGGGGCGUGCUGGCAGACAUGGCGCACAGGGGCGUGCUGGCAGACAUGGCGCACAGGGGCGUGCUGGCAGACAUGGCGCACAGGGGCGUGCUGGCAGACAUGGCGCACAGGGGCGUGCUGCCACACGCCACGCCCUUCAACUCCCCCCAUCUUCUGUCGGCAGUGAAAGCUCUCUGUCUGGUGGGGCGCACAACGGAAGCAGAGGACCUGCUGGCAGACAUGGCACAUAGAGGCGUGCUGCCAGACGCCACGCCCUUCAACGCGCUGAUAGACGCGUACGGGGGAGCGGGGCAGCUGCAGCUGAUGCGAGACAAGUUCUUUGAACUCACCAGCGUGGGACUGAGGCCAGACGUGCGCACGUUCAAUGGGCUCAUUAGAGGCUUCGGCAGGGCGGGUCUGCUAUCAGAAAUGGAGGCGGUGUGUGAGAACAUGCAGAUGGGGUACCACAUUGCACCCAACGCGCACACACCCUUGAGGCUUGUGCCAUACCGUGCCUCUCUUCCAUACCGUGCCUCUCUUCCAUACCGUGCCUCUCUUCCAUACCGUGCCUCUCUUCCAUACCGUGCCUCUCUUCCAUACCGUGCCUCUCUUCCAUACCGUGCUUCUCUCCCUCCUCUCCUUCUCUCCCUCCUCUCCUUCUCUCCCUCCUGUCCUUCUCUCCCUCCUGUCCUUCUCUCCCUCCUGUCCUUCUCUCCCCCCCUCUCUCCCACACCCAGGGCGGGCCUGUUGUCAGAGAUGGAAGCAGUAGCCGGUCUGCUAUCAGAGAUGGAAGCAGUGUUUGAGAACAUGCAGAUGGGGUACCGCACAGCACCCAACGUGCACACCUUCCACGCCCUCAUGGACGCCUAUGGCGCCCACGCCCUCACCUCCCUGCACCGCCACGACUGCAGUGUGGAGCUGUGGUGUGCAUCGCUGCUGCAUCUCGUGAAGAUGCGCUACCGCCUGCAUGCCGAGUCGUUUGACCUGCCCCUCAAGUACCUCGCUCGGGCGGGUAUGGUGGAGGAGAUGGAGAAGGUGUUUCGACUCAUGAGAGCCAUAGGCGCCGGUAUGGUGGAGGAGAUGGAGAAGGUGUUUCGGCUGAUGAGAGCCAUCGGGGUCCGCCCCACUACCACCACCUUCACCCUUCUCGCUGAUGCCUACAGCGCCGCCGGGCAGCCGAAACAAAUCCUGCGCCUGCUCAAGCAGAUGCAGUCCAUGCCCCUAGCUGCCCGAAAAGAAUCCAACUCCACUGCCAACAGCGGCAGCGGCAGCGGCAGCAGCAGCAGCAGUAGCAGUGAUGGUGGCAGUGGUGAGUCUUCCAGUGCACGCAGCAGGCUGCUUGCUGCUGCAGCAGUGGCGUUUGCCUCAGCUGUUGAGAUCAAAGACAUGGAAUGGUGCCUGUUGCACCUGCACCCUCUCACCACCACUCCCCAACCAUCCCCUCCCUCCACCCUCUCCCCCUCCUCUCCCUCCUCUCCCUCCUCUCCCUCCUCCUCCCCCUCCUCUCCCUCCUCCUCUUCCUCGUCCUCCCCCACCUCGUCGCCCUCAUCCCUCCCCCCUCACGCUCUGGCUGAGCCGGCGCGGCUGCAAGCAUGGGUGGGGGCGGGGGGCGGCGGCAUGGGGGUGUUGUCGGCAGCAGUGGAGGCAUACGCGCGGGCAGGCAUGCUCUCUCACAUGGAGGCACUGUUCAUGGGGGCUCAGACCUUGGGGAUGGGUGCACGGGGGAUGGGGGUCGGUGCACGGGGAAUGGGAAUGGAUUUGAUGGGUGCACGGGGCAUGGGGGUGGGUGUGGCAGGAGAUGAGGGAGGUGUGGGAAGGAUGGGGGCACGUGGCAUGGCGGCACGUGGCAUGGCGGCCGGUGGCAUGGGUGCGAGUGAUUCAGAUUGGGGGGGAGUUGCAGGGGAGGGCGUUGGAGGUGGGAGGAUGGGGGAAGUGGGGGUGCGUGGUGGGGGGAUAGGGGCAAGAAGUAUAGGGGGAGGGACGAUGGGGGGAGAGACCAUGGGGGGAAGGAUGAUGGGCGGGGGGAUGAUGGUGGAGGGGCGAAUAUGGGGAGGGAGGGAGGGGAGGACAUGGGAGGGGAAUGGAGGGGGGUCAAGGGGGUGGGUAGACGAGCCUAUGGGGACAGGGAUGGCGGUACGUGGAGGGGUUGAGUACGGUGCCAAUGGUACCUAUGGAUAUGGUGGUGAUGGGUAUGGUGGCAUGGUAAGUGGCCAUACAGAAGUCUUCUCUUUACCCUCCUCUCCCCCUCCUCAUCCCCAUCACCACCCCCGCGGCCGCCACCGGCUCGUUUUGUCCUCUUCUGCAUGCAACGCCAUGGCUGAAGCCUACGCUGCAGUGGCCUCUCCGGGCGGCGUGAGGCGAGUCAUGGCUUACAUGCUUCGGCACGGAGUGGCCCGCGACGAGACGACCAUUGCCGCCCUCCUCUCCGCCUGCGCAGCUGUUGCUGACGUGGCGGGCAUGGAGGCGGCUCUGCAGCGGGCGGUGCGACGUGGCAUGCUGGAGACGACGCCAGCUGGCGCCUACGUGGCGCCAGGCGGAGCAGUCCGGAGCCUGCCAGCUGGCGCUUUCGUGGCAGCAGCACAAGCGUUUGGAGGUGCAGGGAAGGUGGGAAGGAUGAGGGAGAUGCUGGGAAUUGCACGGCAAGUGGGGCAGGUGGGGCAGAACCGAGCGUGGGCAGCAGCAGAGGAGGUGGAGAGGGAGUGCUAUUUGACUGCCAUCGAUGCGUUUCUUGCCUCUGCUGAUAAUGAUGAUGAUGCUGGUGAUAGCGGCAGUGGUGAUUUGGCUGACACUUGGAACGAGAGAGAGGGAGAAGGGGGAGUAGCUGGCAACAGAUUUUCCGAAGCUGACUCACCAGCAGCAGCUUCGGCGAUAGGUUCGGCAGCCGGGGCGCCCGAGGAGCCACCAGCUUUGGAGCGAGCGGAGGCGCUAUUGGAGGAGAUGCACGGGCGGGGGAUGUGUGCUGACGUGGCGACGUACAGUGCUGUGCUGGCAGCGAGGGGGUACAGGGCGGUGGUGGAGGGGGCAGCAGAGGAGGUGCUUGAGGUGGAGGCGUGGGGGAUGAGUGAGGGGGGGGUCCCCAGCAUCCCGUCUGCUGCUCCACUGGCUCUGCUCCCUGCAGGCCGCUCGCUUCCGCCCUCUUGCUCGCUUCCUGGGGCUCUGGCCGGUAGAGGGCUUCGCCGAGCCUGUUUGGUUUUGAAAGAGGCUCGGAGGUUUGGAGCCUAUCCAACACCGCCGAGCCAACCUGUGCCGAGCCUGGCUGGCCCGGUUUGGUCCCUAGACCUGCACUUGUACCGAGGUCCGGUGGCAGUGCUUGCACUGGCAGUGUGGCUGGAGGAGCUCUGCUGGAAGAUUUCCGAAGCUGAGGAGCAGGCUCGGGAUGGUUCAAUGGGCGGCUCGGGGGGUGAAAGGCCCGGAAGACAAGUAUUAGAAGGAGACAAUGAAGGGGAUUAUGGGCAACAGUGGCCAGAGCGAGCAGUUGUUAUAUUGGAGGCCGGCGGGCAUGAUUUGGUUGAGCCAUCACAAGGGCGGAGAGCUGUGAGAGACUUCAUGGCUUGUAGUGAGUCGCCUUUUAAAGCGCUCAGUAGUGAUCCGUAUGGGCGCAUGGAUGCAGAGGUGGAUGGGCUGAGAGAAUGGGUGGAUGGGAAGUGGCCCGAAGGAGGUGAUGUGGAGAAUAUAACUGGAAGCGCUGCUUUGAAGCACUUCAGGCCUGGUCUGUGGCAAGAUGUGAGAAACUUUCUGCUUGCUUAUGUUGAGCAAUAA